AUGGCGCAGCCAGACGGGCCGGUCGCAGCUUCAGAGCGCGGACGGUCGCAGCCGAGGACGGACGCGGCCGGGGUCGCAGCUUCAGAGGUGGCGUCGUCAGAGGACGGGCCGGUCGCAGCUUCAGAGGUGGCGUCGUCAGAGGACGGGCCGGUCGCAGCUUCAGAGGUGGCGUCGUCAGAGGACGGGCCGGUCGCAGCUUCAGAGGUGGCGUCGUCAGAGGACGGGCCGGUCGCAGCUUCAGAGGUGGCGUCGUCAGAGGACGGGCCGGUCGCAGCUUCAGAGGUGGCGUCGUCAGAGGACGGGGCGGUCGCAGCUUCAGAGGUGGCGUCGUCAGAGGACUGGCCGGUCGCAGCUUCAGAGGUCGCAGCUUCAGAGGUGGCGUCGUCAGAGGACGGGCCGGUCGCAGCUUCAGAGGUGGCGUCGUCAGAGGACGGGCCGGUCGCAGCUUCAGAGGUGGCGUCGUCAGAGGACGGGCCGGUCGCAGCUUCAGAGGUGGCGUCGUCAGAGGACGGGCCGGUCGCAGCUUCAGAGGUGGCGUCGUCAGAGGACGGGCCGGUCGCAGCUUCAGAGGUGGCGUCGUCAGAGGACGGGCCGGUCGCAGCUUCAGAGGUGGCGUCGUCAGAGGACGGGCCGGUCGCAGCUUCAGAGGUGGCGUCGUCAGAGGACGGGCCGGUCGCAGCUUCAGAGGUGGCGUCGUCAGAGGACGGGCCGGUCGCAGCUUCAGAGGUGGCGUCGUCAGAGGACGGGCCGGUCGCAGCUUCAGAGGUGGCGUCGUCAGAGGACGGGCCGGUCGCAGCUUCAGAGGUGGCGUCGUCAGAGGACGGGCCGGUCGCAGCUUCAGAGGUGGCGUCGUCAGAGGACGGGCCGGUCGCAGCUUCAGAGGUGGCGUCGUCGGAGGACGGGCCGGUCGCAGCUUCAGAGGUGGCGUCGUCAGAGGACGGGCCGGUCGCAGCUUCAGAGGUGGCGUCGUCAGAGGACGGGCCGGUCGCAGCUUCAGAGGUGGCGUCGUCAGAGGACGGGCCGGUCGCAGCUUCAGAGGUGGCGUCGUCAGAGGACGGGCCGGUCGCAGCUUCAGAGGUGGCGUCGUCAGAGGACGGGCCGGUCGCAGCUUCAGAGGUGGCGUCGUCAGAGGACGGGCCGGUCGCAGCUUCAGAGGUGGCGUCGUCAGAGGACGGGCCGGUCGCAGCUUCAGAGGUGGCGUCGUCAGAGGACGGGCCGGUCGCAGCUUCAGAGGUGGCGUCGUCAGAGGACGGGCCGGUCGCAGCUUCAGAGGUGGCGUCGUCAGAGGACGGGCCGGUCGCAGCUUCAGAGGUGGCGUCGUCAGAGGACAUGCGCCUCAGCUUCUCCUCAGAGGACAGGGCAUAAUUUGCCAGAGAAAUACCAUGGUUUGGAGAAGCUUGGGAUUCUACUUCAUUGGUCUCUAAAUACU